AAAUAUUUAUGACACUAGCUCCAUAAAAUAAAAAUCUAAGUCGGAUAGCUAACAUACAAAAUACACUUGGUAUAGCGAGUAACUUGAAGCAAAUAUUACCCAAUAACAUUUAAGAUGACCGUGACGAACAGUGAAGUAGAAGACAGUGUCCGCGCUACUGAACACGUUCAUGACACGGCCGAGCCACCGUCGACUGGACUGAGCAACGGAGUCGCCCGCUCCUCUGGCCGGCCGCCUGCUGGCUUGUCGGCAGGAAUGGGCGCCUGCAACCCUGCCUUCGUGCCUGACGAAGGAAAUCCUCAGAAUGAGUUUCAAAAAGCUGCUGCUCGCUAUCGACCAACCCACACAUCGCUUGUCAUCUCUCCCGACGAUCCCAAACAGUCAAGGGACACGUCAGGCAGACGAGACGAGGCGAUCAUCGAUGUCAGUGAUAACAAUGCAAUCCAUGACCAAGAUGCUGACAAAAAGAAGUCCCAGAAGCAGCAGCCUGCAGUCGGGAUUUUUGAACUGUUCCGGUACUCAACGUGUGGGGAACGCGUAAUUCUCGUGGGUGGCCUGCUGGCUGCAGUGAUGUCCUCGCUCUGUAUGCCCUUCAUGAUCAUUCUCUUCGGUGACGUCACUAACGUCUUCGUCACUCACGCCAUCAAAUCAAAUUUCACGCUGCAAGAUCAACAACUUGAAAAUUCAAACUCCACAACGGAUUCCGACACAGAGACAGAAGAUAAAUGGUUCAUUGGUGAAGUAAUUUAUUUUGGAGCUGGGACGACAAUAGCCUGGAUAUUACAAAUAUUAUCUAUUUAUGUCUAUGUAACCUGUAUCAACUACACAGCUGAACAGCAGGUAUUCAGGAUACGCACUCUGUUCCUACGGUGCACGCUGCGCCAGGAGAUGGGCUGGUUCGACACGCGAGAAACUAACAGCUUUGCAAAUAAAUUAGCCGAAGAUCUGUCGAAGCUGCAGGAAGGCAUAUCAGAGAAGUUAGGGCACUUGAUCUUCGGGGUGAGCAGCUGUUGUGUGUGCCUCGUCACUGCCUUCACCUUCGGCUGGGAGCUGACACUCGUCUGUCUGUCUGUGAUGCCCCUCUUAACCGUCACCACUACUGUCGCCACUAAGUUGGCCGUCUUCUAUAUAAGAAAAGGAAUUCUCCAGUAUUCAAAAGCGGGCAGCGUAGCUCAAGAAGUCUUGUGCAGCAUCUCUACCGUAUUUGCCUUCGGAGGCGAGGAUAAGGAGGUUAAACGAUAUGAAGCUCUCCUCGAGCCUUGCCGGAGAGCAGAAGCCAAGCACACAAUUGUGUCGGCGACCAUGCUGGGCUGCCAUUGGUUCGUCAUCUAUGGGUCCUAUGCCCUCUCCUUCUGGUACAGCAUCGGUCUGGUGCAGGAGUCGCGUGUCUCAGGUGGACACUAUUCUCCUUCCAUCAUCAUGGUGGUAUUCUUCAACGUGUUCAUGGGAGCACUUUCCCUUGCCAACAUUGCACCCUUCGUUGAGAGCUUCAACUGCGCCCGCAGUGCCGCUGUCGACAUAUUCGAGGUCAUAGAACGCAAGUCCAAACUGGAUCCCUUGUCUCAGGAUGGUCUCCGGCCUACGACUGUCACCGGCCACCUUGAAUUCCACGACGUCAAGUUCGAGUACCCGUCGCGUUGCGAUGUGCCUGUGCUGCAGGGCCUGUCACUGAAAGUGCAACCCGGGCAAACCGUCGCCAUCGUGGGCUCCUCGGGCUGCGGUAAAUCCACGUGCAUUCAGCUUCUGCAGCGCUUCUACGAUCCCAGCCAAGGAAAGGUAACUCUGGACUCAGUUGAUGUGCGCUCGCUGAACAUCGGCUGGCUGCGCGAUCAGAUCGGCGUAGUCGGCCAGGAGCCCGUACUCUUCGCCACGACCAUCGAGGAGAACAUCCGCUACGGCAGAGACGGAAUCUCCUUCGAGGACGUCGUCGCUGCCGCCAAGCAGGCCAAUGCUCAUGAUUUCGUCAUGAAACUUCCACAGCAAUACCAAACCGAAGUCGGCGACCGCGGCACCCAAAUGUCGGGAGGUCAGAAGCAGCGUCUGGCAAUCGCCCGCGUGUUGGUGAAGAAACCUAAAGUUCUUCUCUUGGAUGAAGCGACAUCCGCUCUAGACAACCAGAGCGAAUCUGUCGUCCAGGCUGCUCUGGAUGAGGCUCGCCAAGGCCGCACGACGAUCAUUGUGGCCCACCGCCUAACCACCAUCAGGUCUGCUGACGUCAUCGUGGCCCUCAAGGAUGGCAGGGCUGAAGAGAUGGGAACCCACGAUGAGCUCAUGGCUAAAAGAGGCCUCUAUCAUUCACUCGUCACUGCACAGUUAAACUCUGCUGCAACUCCAAAAGAAAGUGAACCCUCCAAACGGAGAUUGAGACGAAAUAGUUCUGAUGACAGCGAGGGAACGAGUCAGAGGCCUUUAUCCAGGUUACGACGUCUUUCCGGUACGUCAGUCUUCGCAGAAAGUCUACCUUCGAUUGAAGACUCAGACAAACUUAACGAGGAAGAUCAGACGUUGUUACUGUGGAAGCUGCUGGACAUGGUCAGGGGAGAGUGGCUGUACAUCGCACUCGGGGUGUUGGGGAGUGUCAUCGCUGGGAGUACAUAUCCUGCCUUCGCUGUCGUCAUCGGAGAUGUUUUAGGGACUCUUGCGGUGACAGACCUCGACGAAGCCAGCCGCCUCUCCAACCGCAACUCUCUCCUCAUCCUCGUCAUUGCGCUGCUUGCCGGCCUCGGCUUCUUUAUGGAGACGUUCUUCAUCCAACUGUCAAGUCAUCAACUUACGAAGCGCAUGCGCGGUCGCUCGUUCGCUGCCAUCCUGAGGCAGGAGCGCGGGUGGUUCGACUUACCCGAGAACUCCGUGGGCUCCCUCUGCUCCAAGCUCUCGCACGACGCUGUUCAUUUGGGAGCGGUAACUGGGCGUCAGCUGGGAGUGUUGAUGCAUUGCACCGCUACGCUCGUCAUUACUAUAGUCGUGGUCUUUUAUUUGGACUGGCGACUAGGGCUGAUCGCUGGCCCCUCUGUACCCCUGCUCAUGUACUCCCUAAAACUCAGCAUUAGGAUGGACUUUGGACGCUCCUUCAAAGAAUCAGACGCUCUUUUUGCGGCAAGCCAGAUUGCAGUAGAGGCGAUCAGUAGCGUGCGGACGGUGGCCAGUCUGCACAAAGAAGAGCAUUUCUGCAAACGUUUCUCUGAUGCUCUGAUGGUGUCUCAUCGACAAGCCCUGCGCAAUGCCCAUAUUAGAGGUGCCACCAUCGGUGUCACAAGGAGUCUGCCGUUCGUGGCUCACGCGGUUGUGCUGGCAAUCGGAGGCUGGUUCAUUAGCCAAGGAACCAUGAAUUUCAUCGACGUCAUCAAAGUGGGCGAGGCUCUGGUGUUCAGCUCAGCGAUGGCAGGACAGGCGAUGAGCUUCGCCCCCAGCCUGGCCAAAGGGAAGGCUGCCGCGGCCAGAAUGUUCAAGCUCCUCGAGAGAGUGCCAGCCAUCGACGCGUCGUCCAUGACCAACAAGAAGGCGAUUGAAGACCUGAACGAAGUGCGUCUCCACGACGUGCACUUCCGGUACCCGAACCGCGAGGACGUGCAGAUCCUGCAGGGCCUGAGCCUCGUCGUGUCCAAGGGCAAGACGUUGGCCCUCGUCGGGUCCUCAGGAUGCGGCAAGUCCACCGUCAUCAGUCUCAUCGAGCGCUUCUAUGAUCCCGAGAAGGGAAAGCUGACAAUCAACGGGGAUGACUUGGACAGCCUAAAUAUACGCAGCGUGCGCCAAAAUGUCGGCCUUGUAUCUCAAGAGCCGUUGCUGUUCGACCUGAGCAUCAGAGAGAACAUCGCGUACGGGGACAACAGCCGCGAAGUUCCCUUUGAUGAGAUCGUCGCAGCCGCCAAGCAAGCCAACAUCAGCAGCUUCAUCGAGUCUCUUCCUGAGAAAUACAACACUCGCGUGGGGUCCAAAGGCACGCAGCUGAGCGGCGGCCAGAAGCAGAGGAUCGCCAUCGCCCGCGCCCUCGUCAGGAACCCAAGCGUCCUCAUGCUCGACGAGGCCACGUCCGCGCUCGACACCGAGAGCGAGGCUGUUGUUCAAGAGGCCCUGGACAAAGCCCAAGCGGAACGAACGAGCAUCGUGAUCGCCCACCGCCUCUCUACCAUCCAGGGCGCCGACACCAUCGCCGUCAUCAGCAACGGCAAGCUCGUCGAGAGCGGCACGCACGACCAGCUCAUGGCGCGCAAUGGGCACUAUGCUCAGCUAUACCAGUCUAACCGGUGACUAGCAUCAAAAAUUUAAUCAAUACCUAAAAACGUAAAAGCAAAGAGGCGUGCAAUGGGCACUAUGCUCAGCUAUACCAGUCUAACCGGUGACUAGCAU